GACAACGUGGACGAGGCAUCCCUCGACCUGGUCCGGUUGUACCACCCACCUCAGUGCCAAUCAGCAACUUGCUGUGCCGUUUCGGCUGCUUAUCAGCCAGUUCGCUCGCCACCAGUUGGUCCAGUUGGUCGCCCGAAAAGUGAGCGGUCGCCAGUCCCGUCGCCAACCGAAUCGCUGCAUCUGACGACCGGAAUGCCUGGUCAGGUUGGGCCCGACUCUCCUCCUUCGGUCUCGUCCAGCUCGUCCGUCCGUGCAGCUGGUUCCUACUCUAACACUUCACCACGCAAUGUCUCCCGAUUCUCGUCGCAAUAUCUCAGCUUGUCACCACCCGUUGCCCGUGAAGACAUGAUGCCGCCGCCACCGGGUGAGGGUCAUCCGCCGGGCGCAUCCGCAGACGUGCCCGAUCCAGCACUGCCCACAGCCGUCGCAGCCGUCGCAGCCCCCGAGCCUGGUUUCGACAUGAGCGAUCCACGCUUGUCAGCCUUUAUGGCCGUUCCGCAAUAUCCCAAUGCCCCGAGCGACGCUGCCCCUGUCGCGGUGACGGAGAUCGUCAACGCUGUGAUGGAGCGGCCAGAAUUCGCCCACUACGGUCACGGUCGUGUAGCCGACCAAGCGACGCCCCGCCUCGCCUCAUCCUCUCCCCCGGGAGAGUGGUAUGUCUCCGACUCGGAGAUGACCGAUGCGCUUUCGGACGUUGGUGGCGUACCGCUGGGGCCAUACAUGGGCGAUUAUGACGAUACCCCCGGCGCAGAGUAUGCGCAUGAUACAGCCUCGACGAUCUCCGAAUUCACCGAUGACGAUGAAACGACCGACCUGAUCAUGGAUUACGAACCUUCAAUCGCGGCGGAACGACUCCCCGCCCUGUCUGGGUUGGAUGAUGACCCCGAUGACACCUACAAAUUCUACAUGGACGACGGCGAUGAGGAAUCCGAUUUCGAGGAUGCUGAGGCGCGGAUCCGUCGCAGCACGGCCGCUUUGUCGGAAGUGGACUAUGAUGGGUUCUAUCAAGGAUUGAACGCCGGCUACGCCCCGCAAUCUUCAGAUAUUUUUCCCGGCGCUGCUCACGACGACUUCAAUGCUUCAUUCUCCGAGGGUGAUGACUCGAGCGGUGUCGAAGCGCCGAAUGAGCAGCAUGUCGCGGACCCGCCCACCGGGAUGGUGAAAGAACGGAACUUGACCAUCGACCAAUUCAUCGGACAAUGGCUCUGUCAGUCUAACACCGCUUCAAUCACGGGGUUUACAAUGGGCCCCGCCCCUCUGGCACGCAGUGCGGUCGCUAGUCUGCUUUCGUGGAUGCCGCCGGCCAAAAUCGUCCGGCCGGCUGGGUAUCGAUGGGACUUCUUUGAUAUCCAGCAGAUCCCCUGGAAGGAAGCUUUGCAGGUGAAACGGUCCUAUGCACGGAGCUUGCGAGACCAGUCAUAUACGUCCUAUCAUAACCUGGAGUAUUCGCGCCAACGGCCGGGCGCGCGACUGGCACGGGACGAAACCUAUUUUCGCGAAAAGGCCAUGUACACGGAACACAAAGCCAGCAUGGAACAUUUCCAGCUGCGGAACCUGAUGUCCGCGGCGGCGUAUAACACGGUGCACUUUGCGCACGAAUGCAAGGUCUACUCCUGGGUUCCCGCGUACGAUGAUCUGCGGUGCAUGAUCGAUCUAUCGAAACCGACCGUGGAGUCUGGCCUAAAGGGAUCGAUGAAGAUCACAACGAUGCGAUCGGCGCAUGACAUUACUAUUGCGGGCGGUUUCGCCGGGGAAUACGCUUUACGAGCCAUGGGCACGGAUGGGCCAGGGAUCGCGGGGUAUGUUACCCAAACUCCGAACAUCACGACUCACGUCGACAUCGUUCCGAGUCGCAGCAGCGGGUCGCCGCUGGGGGUGUUUGCGUCUAACGACCGGCAUCUCCGGGUUCUGGACUGCGAGACCAACACGUUUGUCGCGGACUACGAGCUCUCACGCGCCAUCAACUGCACGGCGACGGCGCCGGACGGGCGUCUACGGGCGGUGAUCGGCGACUCGCCGGAUGCGUGGGUGGUGGAGGCGGACAGUGGGCGCCCAGUGCAUCCACUGCGGGGCCACCGCGACUUUGGGUUUGCGUGCGCGUGGUCGCCGGACAUGCGCCAUAUCGCGACGAGCAACCAGGACAAGACGGCGAUCAUCUGGGACGUGCGGAUGUGGCGCAUGCUGCAGAAGAUCGAGUCCGACGUGGCGGGAUACCGGUCGGUGCGAUUCUCGCCGGUUGGAGGCGGGUCGCGGACGUUGCUGCUGUGUGAGCCAGCGGACCGGAUCACGAUUGUCAACGCGCAGACGUACCAGAGCCGGCAGGUGCACGACUUCUUCGGGGAGAUUGGCGGGGCGGACUAUUCGCCGGACGGCAGUAUGAUCUGGGUGGCCAACACGGACGAGCAUUUUGGGGGGUUCAUGCAGUACGAACGCCGCCAAUGGGGGCAACGGUAUGGGCCGCAGGGGCUGCCGAAUGAAUGGGUGCGGGACGGGGAGCUGGACGAGGACGAGCGCUGUGUUCUGAGCGAGCGCGAGCGGCGGCAGCGGGUGCUGUGGAAUCUGACGGACGAAGAGCAUGAGGCGUUGAUUAUGUGAGUGUGGAUAUAGUCGUGGUUAUGAUUUACGUGCUUGCAUUGUUUAGCGGAGAUACCAUUGAAUGUGUAUACAGAUUCGAGUACUGGAGUACUCAACAUCACCAUAUUUGUAUUUGUAUGGUAGAUUGCAUAGAUUGCAUGAAUUGCAUGAAUUGCAUCAUGGUGCAAGAGACGAGCACCAGACGAGCACAAGUAGGCAUGGCAUGCGUACGUAGGGAGGG